AUUUUCUGUUGGUAUGACAUCUCAGACAUUAUUUUGAAUAAGCUUCUUAAUGAAAAACUUAAAAAUGUAUAGUGUUCGAUUGUUGAGGAUUAAUACGAAAACCUCUACAUUUAAAUUAGUUUGGUUAAAUACUAAAAGUUGGUUUGUAGUGAAUUUAUUCAAAUUAGACAGUUUAAAACUAUAAUAUGCAUUUAGCAUAUUAAAACUCAAUGAGGUUGACAUAAACAUAUCUACAAUAAGUGAAACAAAUAACAUCCACCGAAGCUAUAGGUAAAAAUAAAUGGUAUAUGAAAGUAAAUAAAGUGCAUUGCAUUUAACGUAUUCCAAUGUUCUAGCUAAUGACAAAAACAAACUAUAAUUUUAGAAGGUGAUGAGUGAUUUGCUCGAAUUCCUGGUGUCGUAUCUGUGUACGUAAAUUUUUAUUAGUAUUACACAAAGACAACAUGAACUCAAGUUUGGAUUUCGUAAUAGCAUAUAAGUAGUUACAAUAAUAAUUCUUGAAAGUGAUCUCAUGCAGUGAGAAGUUUCACCUGACACAAAUAAUGGUAAAAAGAUAUCAAGGUUAAUAGUAAUUUAAAGAAGUGGUAUUAGUCGAUAUCGAAAUAUGUAGUAUCAUAAAUUAGGGAAUAUUUGAAUGAAAUUAUUAUUACAAUGAAGUAAUUAAAAGAUAUUAGAUAGUGAAAUAAUUCAAACUACCGAAGACAAGUGCCAGUGCAUGAAAUAUGAGGAUUGUGAGGAUGAAAGAUGAAUCAAAAUUCUACUAAGAAUUAUGAUACAAAUAGACAUUACUUCUACCCUGAAAAUUCAGAUGAUGGAGCACUAUUACAAUUUCGAUGCCAAUCACCGAUUAUUUCAACAGUAUCCAAAAAUUCUCGAUAUUCGUUUAAAGGCAGGAGCCGCUACAGAACAGGGCCAAUAAGGAGAUCUCGUAGACGAGCAGUAUUCAAAAAUGGUGAUUGCAACGUCCUACAAUCUCGAAUAUCUCGCAGAUCGUUGCGUUUUCUUCAAGAUAUUUUCACGACACUUGUUGACACACAAUGGCGUUGGACAUUACUCUGUUUUACGCUAAGUUUCGUUUUAUCUUGGCUUGGUUUUGCAGUCAUUUGGUGGCUUAUAGCCUUUACUCAUGGGGACUUUGAAAAAAACCAUUUACCUCCCUUUCAAGCUAAGAAUAAUUGGACACCAUGUAUUUACAAUAUUUUUUCGUUCACCAGUUGUUUCUUAUUCUCGGUUGAAACUCAACACACUAUUGGAUAUGGUAGCCGAUCGACAACGGAAGAAUGCCCUGAAGCAAUAUUUGUAAUGUGCAUUCAGAGUAUUGCUGGUGUCAUGAUUCAAUCAUUUAUGGUUGGUAUUGUAUUUGCUAAAAUGAGCAGACCAAAACAACGCACACAGACAUUAUUAUUUUCACGAAACGCAGUAAUCUGUCAGCGAGAUGGUGAACUUUGUUUCAUGUUUCGAGUUGCUGAUAUGAGGAAAUCUCAUAUAAUUGGUGCCACCGUAAGGGCACAAGUAAUCCGAUCUACGACAACUAAAGAAGGAGAAAUACUUACUCUCAAUCAAGAAGAAUUGAAUGUUGGUACAGAUGGUAAAAAUAGCAAUAUCUUCUUUAUUUGGCCUAUGACGAUAAUUCAUCAAAUCAACGCUGACUCACCAUUCUAUGAUAUGUCAGCCGAAGAUAUGCUGACAGAAAGAUUCGAAGUUGUUGUUAUUCUUGAAGGCACAAUUGAAUCCACUGGACAAACUACUCAAGCAAGAUCCAGUUAUUUACCUCACGAAAUUUUAUGGGGUCAUCGCUUUGAGCCAAUGGUAGAUUAUUCGAAAGAACGCCAAGGGUAUGAAGUAGAUCAUUCACUUUUUAAUUCUACUACUCAAGUUGAUACGCCAUUGUGCUCUGGGCGAGAACUUACUGAUUUUUAUAAAAUUCAAGAUGAUUCACGCUACAGUACAGAUGGAAUGAGCUUGAAAAAAAAUUCUGGAGACUCGACCAUGCCAUUAAUACUGACAACAUACAAUCAAAACGAUGAUUCUAGUUACUUAAGUCCACAAGGCUAUAUUUAUCAGAGAUCACCAAAACUUCACGUUAACGUUCCAUUAAUUGACGAAGCUCAAGGACUGUGAAUAUCUAUUAUUACUUGAAUAAAAUUCCAAAUACGAAUUUAAUUUCCAGAACUAAAUGUAUUUAGAAGAAUUGCAUUCCAUCAUAUAAGUGAUAUUAUACAUUACCGUUGUUAAAAUAAGUUAACUGCAGUAAGCCAUUACUUUUCUAGAUGUAUGGUUUACAAUCGUAUAAUCUAUUAGAAGUUGACAUAACUAAUUAUCUCUGUUCACACUCAAAAGAAAAGAUAGAAAGUUGUUGAGCCAUAUAAUUAUUUUUUGGAAAUAA